AUGUUAAGCGGUCGAAUAUUAAUAAAAUCUAGCGGACAUUGCCGGGUAACUAAAGGUGCGUGCAAUUGUAUAUGUGAAGAACUAAUUCCUAGAAGAAAUACACAUGCCAAAAGUUUUUCUAAGAUAUCAGCAGUUAAAGAAACAACCGUAGCAAACGACAGGAAAAAUACUGCCCUUAUAAAGACAAUUCAGAUUUAUCGCUGGCAGCCUGGGAAAACACCUCGACUUCAAACUUACCAUAUAGAUCUACAAAAAUGUGGAGUAAUGGUUCUUGAUGCCCUAAUCAAAAUUAAAAACGAAAUGGAUCAAACAUUGACUUUCAGACGAUCCUGCCGAGAAGGAAUCUGUGGUUCAUGUGCUAUGAACAUUGCGGGUAUUAAUUCAUUGGCGUGUACGAGUAAAAUUGAUAGAAAUCCUUCACGAAUAUUAAAAAUAUAUCCAUUGCCACAUAUGUAUGUGGUUCGGGAUCUUGUUCCAGAUUUAGGACACUUUUAUGCUCAAUACCGUUCAAUUAAACCAUGGCUUCAACGUAACGAUACUAUUAAAGGCUCAAUAGGAAAAGCGCAGUAUUUACAGCACCUUGAUGAUCGCAAAAAAUUAGAUGGGCUUUAUGAAUGCAUCCUCUGCGCUUGUUGUACGUCGUCAUGCCCAUCUUACUGGUGGAAUGGAGAUAGAUAUUUGGGACCAGCGGUUUUAAUGCAGGUCUAUCGAUGGGUUGUAGACUCUCGAGAUAAUGUUACUGAAGAACGCUUGAAGCAGAUAAAUGAUCCAUAUAGUAUUUAUCGUUGUCACACUAUUUUGAAUUGCACAAAUACCUGCCCAAAAGGGCUUAAUCCUGGUAAAGCCAUUAUUAAAUUAAAGCAAUUAUUGUGUGGUUUGAAAUCGAAGCCAACUGCUCUGCUAGACACAAUUAAGCUUCAGAAGUAGAUAAUCAUUAAUAAAAAAAUGCCCACGUCAUUUUUUCUAUCCUAUUUGUAUGCAUUGUAAGCAAACAUGAAGCCAUAGAUACUAAUCCCCUAAUAAGAACUAUAUGAUUUGAUUACUAAUCUAUGUUUGUAUAUGAUUUAUGUUUUUAUCCUUUAACCUCAGAAUAAAUUAUUUUAAAACUCUCUGCACGUUGGCAAAUUGCUGUUGCCAUAUACGAAGA